UAUGAGAAGCUGCCUCUUGAUUUGAACCCUCCGAACCGAACCGAAGCCAACAGAGCAAAAUCACUAGUGGAUGACCAAAUGUAGCUCACCCCACGAAUUGUCUUGCUUUCCUUGAAUUUGAUGUACUGAUUUCAUGAUUGGAUAGAUCUGGUUAACACGACCCCACGAGGCACAUGCGUGACUGGGCGAGCGGACGUACAAGAUUUGGCUCGAAAACGUGACAUUUAACUUGUUUUAUUGCGUGCGCGGAGUUUUGGUUGUUGGGUCACGUCACGAGAUGAGGACGCCGUCGCCGUCUGUAUCCGUGCUGGUGCUGCUGCUGUUUGACUCCUGGCCGCCGGUGACCACGGUGAGGCCUGCAGAGGGUUGGCAAGUGUUCGGUUCAGCACAGGACGCCGGUGGCCGUUGCGUGUGUACGGUGGUGGCGCCCGGGCAGACUCUAUGCUCCCGGGAUGCCAAAGGACGCCAGCUGCGACAACUCCUGGAGAAGGUCCACAACAUGUCUCAGUCUAUGGAGGUUCUGAACCUACGCACUCAGAGGGAUUUCCAGUACAUCAUGAGGAUGGAAAGCCUCAUUAAAGGUCUACGCUCCAAGUUUAGACAGAUUGACUCGGACAGGAGGACGCUUGCAAACAAAAAUUUCCAGGAGCUGAAGGAGAAGAUGGACUCGCUGCAGCCGCUAAUCCCGGUGCUGGAGCAGUACAAGACGGACGCCGGGAUCAUCUCACGGUUCAAGGACGAGAUCGGGAAUUUGUCAGCCGUCUUGCUGGCCGUGCAGGAGCAGAUGGGAACUUUUGACUACGAGCAGCUCAACCUAAAAGUCAGCAGCUUGGAAAACCGCCUGAGAAGCUGCAUGAGCAAACUCACAUGCGGCAAACUGAUGAAGAUCACUGGUCCACUCACAGUGAAGACAUCCGGGACGAGAUUUGGCGCAUGGAUGACAGACCCGCAGGCGUCCCCCAAAAACAACAAGGUUUGGUACAUGGACGGCUACACCAACAGUAAGAUUGUGAAGGAGUAUAAAUCCAUGUCAGACUUUGUGUCAGGUGUGGAGUCUCGCACGUACACGUUGCCGUUCAAAUGGGCGGGGACCAACCAUGUGGUGUACAACGGAUCACUUUACUACAACAAGAUGCAGAGCAACAUCAUCGUGCGCUACAGCCUGGGCAUGGGCCGCGUCAUCGCACAGCGAGCGCUGGAACGGGCCGGCUUUCACAACGUGUACCCGUACACAUGGGGCGGCUUCUCCGACAUCGACCUAAUGGCCGACGAGCUUGGCCUGUGGGCAGUCUACGCCACCGACCGCAACGCCGGCAACGUGGUCCUGAGUCGCAUGGACCCUGACACGCUGAGGGUCAUCGCCACGUGGAACACCGAGUACUCCAAGCGCAAUGCGGGCGAGGCCUUUAUGAUCUGUGGGACGCUCUACGUCACCAACUCUCACCUGACCGGCGCUAAGGUGUACUACUCAUACUCCACCAGCACGUCUACCUACGAGUACAUUGACAUACCCUUCCACAACCAGUACUUCCACAUGUCCAUGCUGGACUAUAACGCCCGAGAUCGAGCGCUCUACGGGUGGAACAAUGGACACCAGGUGCUUUUCAACGUGACGCUCUUCCAUGUCAUCAAGACAGACGAUGAUGCUUAAAUAGCACGUUUGUCUGAUUACCUGUGCUAUUGUCAUCGUUUACAGUGGAUAGCAAAAGUCAAAAUUCCAGGAUUUUGUCAAAAAGUCUAAAAUAAUAUAGCUAAGCUUUAUGUGGCCCAUAUGCCUUCUUGUGCUAAAACAAAAAUGUCAUAAAAAGCCUACAAGAACAACUACAUUUUGUCAAAUGUGUGCUGACUCAAAUUUUAGGUCAGAGUAAAAGUGUCAAAUUUUCUGAAACUGUUUUUUUGGUUGCAUUGUUUUAUAUCUACUAUAUAUGGCAUUAAAAGAA